AAACUGAAACGCCAAAUGAGAGACCGUCAUUAAAGUUCAAGUCAGUACUGUCGAUCAGUGAAUCUUAUUAUAGUCGUCCAAAAUGGUGCUCGAAAGUACUAUGAUAUGUGUCGACAACAGCGACUACAUGAGAAAUGGAGAUUUUAUGCCUACUAGACUUCAAGCUCAACAAGAUGCUAUUAAUUUAGUGUGCCACUCAAAAUCUCGUGCAAAUCCUGAAAAUAAUGUUGGCCUGAUUACACUUGCAAAUGUGGAAGUCUUGGCCACAUUGACUAGUGACGUAGGGCGUAUUUUGUCAAAACUUCAUCAAGUACAGCCCAAUGGAAAUCUUUCUCUUAUUACUGGAAUAAGAAUUGCACAUUUAGCCUUAAAACAUCGUCAAGGAAAAAAUCAUAAAAUGAGAAUUGUUGCUUUUAUUGGUAGUCCAAUACAAAUAGAUGAGAAAGAAGCUGUUAAAUUAGCUAAGCGUCUAAAAAAAGAAAAAGUCAAUGUUGACAUUAUCAGCUUUGGAGAAGAAGCAAUUAACAAUGACGUUUUAACUGCCUUUAUUAAUGCACUCAAUGGAAAAGAUGGAACAAGCAGUCAUCUUGUCACAAUACCUCCUGGACCUCAUUUAUCUGAUGCUCUUAUUUCUUCCCCAAUCAUUCAAGGAGAAGAUGGAUUGGGUGGAGCUGGUAUGAGUGGUGCUGCUUUUGAAUUUGGAGUGGAUCCCAAUGAAGAUCCAGAGCUUGCUUUAGCUCUACGCGUAUCCAUGGAAGAACAAAGGCAAAGACAAGAAGAUGAAGCAAGAAAAGCUCAAAAUCCUGAGGCUCCAGCAUCUGGAACAGAAACAACUGAAGCUAACAGAGAAAUUCCCACUGAAGAAGCAAUGCUCAAGCGUGCUCUUGCAAUGUCUAUGGAAGGAACUGAGGAAACUGCUGCUCCUGUUGAAACUGUUGCUCCUACCUCAGCUAGUAUUCCAGACUUUUCUAAUAUGACAGAAGAAGAGCAAAUUGCUUUUGCGAUGCAAAUGUCCAUGCAAGAGCAACAAUUCGAAGAAGCAACACCUAAAGAAGAGCCAAUGGAAGUAGAAGAAGACUAUGCAACUGUUAUGGCAGAUACUGAAUUUUUACAAUCUGUACUAGAAAAUUUGCCUGGUGUAGAUCCUCAAUCCGAAGCGGUGCGUCAAGCUAUGGGGGCGUUGAAUAAAGAAAAAGAAAAGGAAAAGGAUAAGGACCAAAAAAAAUGAACUUUGAUUAAGAUGUUUAUUAUGAAAAACAUAGAAACCUUAUUGCUUGUUUAAUUUUAAAAAUACAUAUAAUUAAAAUAAUUUGUACUGAAACUUAUGACGUCGAUGCUUAAGAGUUUACCAAUUUUUAAUUAUACUUUUUCAUUCAUAAACAACUGUAAUAAUCUUUAAACAGUUUCUUGACAGUCAACAAGUAAAAUUCAAAAUUAAAAAGCUGAUGAAAUUCAUAAAAUAAACUAUGAAGAUU